AUGACCUACGAGGAGUACGUGCAGUGGUGGAAGAAGACGCAUCCGGAGGCUCCGAGCGCGGCAACAGCGCAGGUGGCAGAGCCAGUUGUCAAAGCAAGCACUGGCGACGCCCUGUGGAACUGCAAGGAGGUGGCAGUGACGGUGCAAGCGCAGGUGCCCUCGAGACCUAAGCGGAAGAAGAAGAAGGACAAGGCAGCCGCCAUCCCUGCCGCCGUGCAGGUUCAGGUGGCUCCAGCCGUUCAGGCGGCUCCAGCCGUUCAGGCGGCUCCAGCCGUUCAGGCGGCUCCAGCCGUUCAGGUGCAAACGACGUCAGUGGUCAAGGUACCCGUCCAACAGGCUCCUCUUCAGGUUCAACCGACUCCCGUCCAGGCUCCUGCGAUUCAGCAGCCAGCACCAGUGGCUGGAAUUGUAAGGGCCGUUGAUCGCACAGAGGAGGACACGGAUACGGACUCCACCGUCACGGCAGAGUCGGACUUGGAGAUCUUGGAACUCAAGGUGCAGCCGAAGAAGUCACUUCUGAGGAAAUGA